AUGCCAGCUGAAGUAGCAAACGACGCCGGAGAUUCCCGGCCGUACGCCAACGGCGAUUUGAAUUCCAAAAACCCUAGCAAUACUGCCGCCAAGAAAUCGCGGGAAAAUGAGCGGCGGCGGAGACGCCGGAAGCAGAAGAAGAACAAUAAGGCAUCACAGGCCUCAGCCGCCGGAGAUGACAGCGACACUGCAGCCGAGGAUGGAAUCGCCAAUGACAGCUCCAAAGAGAACUCCGAUCCGCAGAAGCCUUUGGAGCAAGUAGAAGUGGAGUAUGUCCCAGAAAAGGCAGAAUUAGAUGGUGACUUAGAUGAGGAAUUCAGAAAGGUUUUUGAGAAAUUCAAUUUUACAGGAAGUGCUGGUUCUGAGGAGAAUGAUAAAAAGGAUGAGACUGCACCUGAUGCAGCCUCAAAGAAAAAGGCCGACUCAGAUUCAGAAGAGGAGGAGCAGGAUACACAACAAAAAGAGAAAGGAGUCUCUAAUAAAAAGAAAAAGCUUCAACGCCGAAUGAAGAUUGCUGAACUGAAGCAGAUUAGUUCAAAGCCUGAUGUAGUUGAGGUAUGGGAUGCCACUUCUGCAGACCCUAAGCUAUUGGUGUAUCUUAAAUCAUAUCGCAAUACUGUUGCGGUACCGCGGCACUGGUGUCAGAAAAGGAAGUUUUUGCAGGGAAAGCGUGGUAUUGAGAAAAUGCCUUUUCAACUUCCUGAUUUUAUUGCUGCGACAGGAAUUGAGAAAAUUAGACAAGCUUACAUUGAAAAGGAGGAUAGCAAGAAGCUGAAACAAAAGCAACGUGAAAAGAUGCAGCCGAAAAUGGGAAAAAUGGAUAUUGACUAUCAGGUCCUCCACGAUGCCUUCUUCAAGCAUCAGACUAAACCAAAACUGACGGCACAUGGUGAUUUGUAUUAUGAAGGGAAGGAAUUUGAGGUAAAACUUCGAGAAAUGAAGCCAGGAACUUUUUCACAGGAACUAAAAGAGGCUCUUGGCAUGCCCGAUGGUGCUCCACCUCCUUGGCUGAUCAAUAUGCAGAGAUAUGGUCCUCCACCUUCUUACCCAAGUCUGAAAAUUCCGGGGCUUAAUGCUCCUAUUCCUCCUGGAGCUAAAUUUGGCUAUGGGCACGGAGACUGGGGCAAACCACCUGUUGAUGAAUAUGGACGGCCCUUGUACGGAGAUGUUUUUGGCGUUUUGCAACAAGAUCAACCCAAUUAUGAGGAGGAACCUGUUGAUAAGACUAAGCAUUGGGGUGAUUUGGAGGAGGAGGAGGAGGAAGAAGAAGAAGAGGAGGAUGAGGAAGAGGAAGAGCAGAUUGAGGAAGAGGAACUGGAAGAUGGCAUUCAAUCUGUUGAUAGCCUUUCAAGCACUCCUACUGGGGUUGAAACCCCUGAUGUUAUUGACCUCCGGAAGCAGCAAAGGAAGGAACCUGAGAAACCUCUCUAUCAAGUCCUGGAGGAAAAAGAAGAGAAGAUAGCACCAGGAACGUUGCUGGGCACAAGUCAUACGUAUGUGAUCAACACUGGCACGCAGGACAAGACCGGUGCUAAAAGGGUUGAUUUGCUUAGGGGUCAGAAAUCAGACAGAGUUGAUGUCACACUAGCACCAGAAGAGUUGGAACUGAUGGACAAUGUUUUGCCUGCCAAGUACGAGGAAGCCAGAGAAGAAGAAAAGUUGCGAACUCAGCGGGAGGAUUUCAGUGACAUGGUUGCUGAGAAUGAGAAGAAAAGGAAAAGAAAGAUGCAGGAAAAAGAGGGCAAAUCAAAGAAGAAGGAUUUCAAGUUUUGA